AUAAGCAGUAUUUUUUUGGUGCGUAGUUUUUGCUACAAGAAAAGCAAGGUUAAGCACGUACGCACAUCAGGGACAAGAAUGGCGGACACAUGUGAUCCGCGUAUCCGCGUUCUAUAUUUUUUUACAGCUAUGUUUUGUGAUUAACAAGUGGCAAAUGAUAUAAUUUGAUAAUUUCUAAUUUGUCAAAAUUCAAAAUGACGUUCAUGAUGUCACUCCAAAAAAUGAGGAAGUUUGGCUAGGAACUGGAAACUUGAAAAUUAAGUAAAUAAAUACAUACUUUCGACUUAGUCACGCGAAAUCAUAAUCUACAACUACAGAUUGCCGAAAAGGGCAGAACUGAUUUAAAUUUGCUCCAAAAUUUAUUCCCUAGAGAUGUCUGGUAAAACGACCAUCAAAGGCAAUCCUUCCCAGUAUGUGAAGUUAAAUGUAGGAGGAUGCUUACAUUAUACAACGAUAGGAACCCUAACGAAACAUGAUACCAUGUUACGAGCGAUGUUUAGUGGUAGGAUGGAAGUCUUGUCAGACUCUGAUGGUUGGAUCUUAAUCGAUAGAUGUGGCAAACACUUUGGAACCAUCCUCAAUUUUCUGCGAGAUGGUAGUGUUUCCCUUCCUGAAACAUCAAAAGAGCUAGCCGAGCUAUUAGCUGAAGCUAAGUAUUACUGCAUUGCUGAGUUAGCUGAAUCAUGUACAAAAGCACUUAACAAAAAAGACAAGGUGGAACAAGAACCUAAAUGUGGUGUACCAUUGAUCACAUCGUUGAAGGAGGAAGAAUUAUUGAUUAGCUCAACAACUAAGCCUGCUAUCAAACUGUUGAUAAACAGACAUAACAACAAAUAUUCCUACACAUCAGCCUCAGAUGACAAUCUGCUAAAGAACAUAGAACUGUUUGACAAGUUGGCAUUAUGGUUUAGCGCGAGGGUGCUGUUUCUCAAAGAUGUCAUUAGUACUAGCGAGAUUUGCUGUUGGGUAUUUUAUGGACAUGGCAAAAAGGUGUCAGAGGUAUGCUGUACCUCAAUAGUGUAUGCAACAGACAAAAAACACACAAAGGUAGAGUGUCCUGAAGCGAGGAUAUAUGAAGAAACAUUGAAUAUACUUCUAUAUGAGAAAAGCAAUGCUCCUGAUCAAGACCUGAUGCAAGCUACUUCAACUAGAGCUGCAGUCAGUGGCAUGUCAUAUACUAGUGAUGAGGAAGAAGAACGGUCAGGGAAAUACCAGAUCUGAGUAGUUGCCAUUUUCAGCUCCAUGUUGGUAUAGUUGAAUAUUGGCGACCCUAACAUAAGAGGCGAACUUAGUGGGCAUCACGAAGAAUUUUAUAUGUAUAAUAUAUUUCAAAGUUAAUAUGUGUCUUGUAUUUCUGUGAUUCUUCUGUUCAACCAUGCUUCUAGCUAAUAAUUGUCCCUGCUUUUUAGUUCUAUGUAUUAUUGUGAGCGGAAAAGUUAGAUAAUUUUCAACAAGUCGACAAGAAGAGUUGAUUAAUGUUUGUCUCUCUGUAUUGUUUUCAAUAACGAUAAUUAUAUAUGAAUAAUAGAGUGUAUAGUAGAAAUAUAUUUCUAACUAAAUUGGUAAUUAAAGCAAUGGAGCUUACAGUACAUUAACCAGUGGUUAAAUAUAAAAAUAUUCAAAAGUAACAUAUGGAACCAGUAAUUUUAUAUAAUAGAUGUAUAUCAAAUUAUUUUUGUCCUAUUUUCCUCUUAAAUGUUAUGGUAUCUAUUUGUCUUUUUUGUAAUUAAUUUACUGACAAUUUGUUCCUAGUAUUAAAUUAUUGUCGUAGACAUGUUUGAAAUAAAGUAUUAUACAGUACAA